GUGUGCCGCGAGCAGCCAGAGGGAGAAGAUAUGUCGUGCCGUGUGCUGUGGGCCACCAGGAGGGCAUUGUGGCCCCCCCCGCCGCCCCUGCCGGCCCUACCACUCUGACACGGCCUCGGUCAUCGGGUCAGCGCCAGACAGGUCAUCUCCGGUCUUCCAGGAGAAUGAGGCGCGAAUGGGCAGCCCUGGUGGAGGAGCUGCAGGGGCGUGUGCAGGGCGUCACGCAGGGCGGUGGAGAGAAGGCUAUUCAGAGACACAAGAGUAAAGGCAAGCUGCUGGUGCGGGAGAGGAUCAACACCCUGCUGGACCCUGGCACACCCUUCCUGGAGCUGUCGCAGAUGGCAGGGUACCAGCUGUACGGCAGGGAGGAGGUGCCAGCUGGGGGUAUUGUCACCGGCAUUGGUAGGGUGGCCUGGGUGAUGGAGUGCAUGGUGGUUGGCAACGAUGCGACAGUGAAGGGUGGUUCGUACUAUCCCAUUACGGUCAAGAAACACCUCAGGGCGCAGGAAGUGGCCCUUGAGAACCGCCUACCCUGUGUGUACCUGGUGGACUCCGGGGGCGCUAACCUACCGAGGCAGGCUGAUGUGUUCCCAGACCGAGACCACUUUGGCAGGAUCUUUUUCAACCAGGCCCGGAUGUCUGCUGCGGGGAUAAGCCAGAUUGCAGUGGUGCUGGGGUCCUGUACAGCUGGGGGUGCGUACGUGCCUGCCAUGGCGGACGAGUCAGUCAUAGUGAGACGCCAAGGAACUAUUUUCUUAGGAGGGCCGCCCCUGGUGAAAGCUGCCACAGGGGAGGAGAUAUCUGCAGAGGACCUGGGGGGUGCCGACCUCCACUGUGGCAAAUCAGGGGUGACAGACCACUACGCCCUGGACGACACCCACGCCCUGCACCUCACCCGCAGAAUUGUCCGAACGCUCAACCACCGCAAGGCCCCGCAGGUGAGUGUGACCCCCGGGGAGGUGAAGGAGCCUGUGCAUGACCCCCGUGACCUGUAUGGCAUUGUAGGAGACAACCUGAAGAGGGACUAUGAUGUGAGAGAGGUCAUCGCGCGCACUGUGGAUGGGUCCAGAUUCGACGAGUUCAAGGCGCGGUUCGGUGAGACGCUGGUGUGUGGGUUCGGCCGCUUGUAUGGGUACCCAGUCGGCAUCAUAGGGAACAAUGGGGUCCUUUUCUCGGAGUCCGCACAGAAGGGAACACACUUUAUCCAGCUGUGUUGUCAGCGAGGAGUGCCCCUCAUCUUCCUGCAAAACAUUACUGGCUUCAUGGUGGGACGAGAGGCAGAAGCUGGGGGCAUUGCGAAGAACGGAGCAAAGAUGGUGAUGGCGGUAUCCUGUGCGCGAGUCCCUAAGCUGACUGUUAUCAUUGGGGGGUCUUAUGGUGCUGGAAACUAUGGGAUGUGUGGCCGAGCUUAUGGGCCGCGGUUUCUCUACAUGUGGCCAAACAGCCGAAUAAGUGUGAUGGGUGGAGAACAGGCUGCGGGUGUGCUGGCCCAGAUCACCCAGGAACAGAGGCGCAGGGAGGGAAAGGAGUGGACACAAGAAGAGGAGAUGGCCUUGAAAACUCCAAUUAUUAAGAGGUUCGAAGCAGAGGGUUCUCCAUAUUUCUCUAGUGCCAGGCUCUGGGAUGAUGGGAUUAUGGACCCAGCCCACACCCGUCAGGUCCUCGGGCUGUCCCUUUCAGCAGCCCUUAAUGCCCCGGUGCCCAAGACUGAGUUUUGGGGUCUUCCGGAUGUAACACACCUGUCACACACCUGUAAUGAUUUUUUUCCACACCUGUAUGUAUGUUUGUUAAUUUUCUAGAAUGUAUAUUUUUUCUGAUUUUUUUUUUUUUUAUUUAUUUAUUUAUUUUUUUUAAGUAAGGGUUGUGGUAGUAGUAGUAGUAGUAGUAGUAGUAAGUAGUAGUAGUAGUAGUUUUGAAGAUGUUUAUUUAUUUAUUAAUAUUGUUAAGUUGGAUUUUUUUAUUUUAUUUAUUUAUUUAUUUAUUUUUUUUCAAGUCGAGUGUAAAUUAUCUUCGUAUUAUUUUUAUUUAUUUAUUUAUUUAUUUAUUUAUUUAUCUAUUUUCUAGUUUGUAUUUUUUUUUCGUUUUUUUUCUUUCAUUUAUUUCCUUCACUGAGUCGUUCUGUAUUUAUUAUUUUUUUCUUUUUCUUAUAUUGAUCACAUUGAAUAUAUAAAUAAUUAUAAGUCGGUCUUAAUUUUAAGUUUUCAUUGUUACAUAAUAAGAAAAAAGGUUAUUUAUAAGAUUAUUUUUGUGGUGUAUUAUUAUUAUUAUUAUUAUUAUUAUUAUUAUUAUUAUUAUUAUUAUUAUUAUUAUUGUUGUUGUUAUUAUAUUAUCAUCACUACUUCUAUAAUAAUUUUAAGCUCGUCAACCCUUCCCGUAUCCAAACAACAACAGCAGUAUAGUUAUAAUAAUGAUAAUAAUAAUAAUAAUAAUAAUAAUAAUAAUAAUAAUAAUCAGAUAAAUCAAGAAAAACAACAAAAUUAAAGGAAGGAAGUCUUAGGAGUUUAUUAAGACAAAAUAGAUUAACAGAGAGAGAGAGAGUGGGGUGCGAAGUUAACAGGAAAACGGGAAAAAGAAACAAAAAAAUAAAUAAAUAAAUAAAAUAGACUUAAAAAUAAAUAAUUAAAUAAAUAAAAUGAAAAAAAAUAAUAACGUCAUUUUCUUUCGAGAAUUCAGAAGAAAAAAAAAUAAUAAUAUACAAAUUUACUCAUAUUUCAAAACAACUGUCUGUAUGUAUGUAUGUAUGUAUGUAUCUGUCUGUCUGUAUGUAUGUAUGUAUGUGAAUCUUUUGUCAUUAUAAUUAAGAGUCAUUAUUUUUUGUAGACUGACUUAAGUGAUUGUACUAGUGAGAUAGAUAUAUUAAUAAUAAAAAUAAUAAUAAUG